AAAGGGAUGGAUGCACUUUAAGAGAAAGGCGCGCCAACGGGAGCCAGGCAGGGGGGCUUGCCCUGCGACCGACCAAGCUCGAUCAAGCAGGGUGUUGUGGGUCUGACGUAUUGGCACCAUGGCUACAAGUGCUGUUCCAAGUGAGAACCUUCCCACGUACAAGCUGGUGGUGGUUGGAGAUGGGGGCGUGGGGAAGAGUGCCCUCACCAUUCAGUUUUUCCAGAAGAUCUUUGUGCCAGACUAUGACCCAACCAUUGAAGAUUCCUACCUGAAGCACACAGAAAUAGAUGGGCAAUGGGCGAUUUUGGACGUCCUGGAUACUGCAGGCCAGGAAGAAUUCAGUGCAAUGAGAGAGCAGUAUAUGAGGACAGGGGAUGGGUUCCUUAUAGUCUAUUCAGUCACAGAUAAAGCCAGCUUUGAGCACGUGGACAGGUUCCAUCAACUCAUCCUCCGAGUCAAAGACAGAGAAUCUUUUCCAAUGAUUCUGGUGGCUAACAAAGUUGAUCUAAUGCAUUUGCGGAAAAUCACCCGGGAGCAAGGAAAGGAAAUGGCAGCAAAGCACAAUAUUCCAUAUAUAGAAACCAGUGCUAAGGACCCACCACUAAAUGUUGACAAAGCCUUCCAUGAUCUUGUUCGAGUUAUCAGGCAACAAGUCCCAGAGAAGAGCCAGAAGAAGAAGAAGAAGACCAAGUGGCGGGGAGACAGAGCCACCGGUUCCCACAAACUGCAGUGUGUGAUUUUGUGACUUGUCUUUUCCAUGUUUCUCUUUCUUCCCCCCCCCCACAUUCCAACUUGAACCUAAUUUGAACUAAAAACACAUUUUAAAAGGAAGAAAAACCAACCAUCAAAGUGCUGUACCGCCUAACUGCAGUGCAACAUUUCAGGAACAGCCAUUCUUGCAUGAAGGAACUCAGAAGGAAGCUGAGCCUGAGGCAUUUUUGAAGCUCAGAGAAACGGCUGCUUGGCAAGUGAUGCAGGAUGGUUCAUAAAAAGCACCCCAAAAGAAGGGGCAAACUAAGAGCAGGGUUUUAUGAAUGUCAGCCAUCUUAACUUUAUAAUGGGGGGUGGGGUGGCAGGGAGGAGAGACUUCUGGGUUUUUCCUGCCAACAUUUCUAGGUAUGGCCCAUUUCUAAAUAGUCAUGGUUCCAUUUUGUACAGUGUGUGUGUGUGUGUGUGUGUGUGUGUGUGUGUUAGA